AUGGCUGGUUGAAGGAUGCGCCUGCAUGGGCUUGCUGAUGCGGAGACUGUGCAGCUGGCCGAAGUUGGUCUCCGCUGUUGUUGUGCUGCUCUUCUUCGGCAACCUCAUCCUGAUGGCUGGUCUCAUCGACUGGCAUCUGGCUGUCCAGCUGAUCGCCAACAAGAGCGGAGGCAACAAGUGGUCAGAUGAAAACAACGACGAUACAAAUGGUUCAUCGUGCAACCUCUCUGGAGAAAUGCUGGCAAGUGCGCUUGCGAGAAUGCGCACCGCGGAGUGCCGGUCAGCAGCACGCCGUAUCGUCUGCAGCAUUGACCAGCAGACGCCUGAUUCACUGCCCAACUCAUGCCCCGCAUACGAUGAUACGCAGCAUACAGAAUAUGUUGGAUGCUUCCGGGAUUCACCGAAUCAUCGAGUACUCAGUGGACAUUAUUACAAGUUCAGAACAUACAAUUCACCUACUUACUGUGUUAAUAUGUGCCUUCGAGCCGGCUACAGAUAUGCGGGAGUUGAAUUUUACGAUGAGUGCUUCUGUGGCGACGUUUUCGUGUCGAGCGUGAUCUCACUUCCUGAAAGUGCUUGUCUCCAGUACGUGUGCAAUAAUAGGAGUUUGUUCUGUGGUGGUUAUAAUGCAGUGGCAGUGUAUAAAACUGGCGUCACUGCGAAGCCUCUGUUAAUAGUGAACUAUACAGAAUCGGACGACAGUCUCAAUAACGUGCAGAUUUUGUUUCUUCUGCAGUUGAAUGGGCGAAAUACUCGACAAGGCCUUGUUGCUGCGAUUCGUAGUGCUGGCUUCGAGAAUGUCCAUCUAAUGGAUAAACGUUAUGCGACAAUUUGGGCAGGCGCCACUCUCUUAUCAAUGGUUUUGGAUGUUCUAGAGACGACACUAUAUUCGCUGAAGUGGACAACAUGGGAUUUCGUGCUGAAUUUGAGUGAAAGCGAUUUCCCUCUCCUUUCUAUGGCAGAAUUGGAAACACAUCUUGCGAGGCAUAUUUCUGCUUUGAACAAAGGACGCAUCUUUUUGAGCAGUCACGGCUAUGAUACUGCACGUUUUAUCCAAAAACAAGGCCUGGAAUAUGUGUUUUUGCAAUGCGAAGAUCGCAUGUGGCGCAUUAUGAAACGCAGGAAAUUUCCGCGCUCAAUUCGAUUGGAUGGCGGUUCGGACUGGGUUGUGUUGAGUCGCGAUUUUGUGCUGUAUGCAUUGUCGGAUGAGGAAUUACCAAGAAGCUUGAGGCAGUUCUUUUCCAACGUGCUAUUGCCAGUUGAAAGUUUCUUUCAUACACUGGCAGCUAAUUCAAAAUACUGUGCGCAGACUGUGAAAGGGAAUCUGCACGUCACGAACUGGAUGCGUCGCCAGGGUUGCCGCUGCGUGAUGCUGAAGGAAAUCGUCGAUUGGUGUGGCUGCUCUCCUCUUGUUUUUCGCUCUUCCGAUAUUUUCAAGAUUACCAUCGAGGUGAGGGCAUCCAAAAAAAUGCAAAUUUUUCAAGAGUUCUCUUACCGGUUAAUUUAAAA